CCUCUCCAACUGCCUCUUGUUCACAACCCCUCUCUCUCUCUCUCUCUCUCUCUCAUGAUGUCUAAGAAAAUGAGCAAGAAAGUGUGUUUCAGUCCUGAACUCACCAACAAGCCACCAAGCUUCUAUAACCAUGGAAGUGGCACCAAAGUUGGUGGUAUACAAAGGAAGAGAGUCAUCAGAAUCUUGAGUUUCAGACUUCAAAAUGACUCCUCUCCGGGUGUUUCACCGAUGGGAUUUCUAAGGCGUAUGAGAGCUAAGUUUGUGAGAGCGUUACGCUUCGUGUCAAUCACAAAGAGGUCUUCGCGUAAAGUUUCAUCGUCGUCUAGUUUGACAAGGUCUAGGUCAUAUGCAGCAGAUGCCAUUGAUUCUCAUCGAGCUGAAGCUGUAGAGGAUUGUAUCGAGUUCUUGAAUUCUUCUUCUUCCUGUUCGUUGCAGAGAUCAAAUUCAGUAUCAGCAAGUUCUUCUUGCUAAGAAAGUAAGAAGUUGAUUUUGGUUUGCAUGUAAAAGAAAGAAAGAAAGAAUUUUACGAUUCAUAUAGAUAUCACAAUGAGUUCUACUGUUUGGGGUAGGAAGCAAAUUCAUAAUUUUCAAAUACUUUAUUUUUGUAUUUUAAAUAAUUCAUUAUAGUAGCAACCAAA